UCCAGCUUGGCCAGGAGAUAAUUAAAUGGGCAAAGAGAUGAAAGUAUGUUGCCUAAGGAGGUGUGGACUUCUGCAAUCAAACACUCCCUUUGUUUCCAUAUAUAAAGCCCAAUCCUACAUUAAGGCUGUUCUGCUUUACUCUGCCAGCCCUUCAGUAGGUUCUGCCAAGCAAGGUCCUUCUAGUACGCCAUGGCCCUCUCCAUCCGAGCAUCCUCAGGGCCUCGCCAGUUCUCCUCCCGGAGCGGAUACGGAGGAGGCUCUCUUAGGCUAUCUAGCAGCAGCAGCGCAGGGAGCUUCGGGGGGUUUGGCGGCGGGUCUCUGCUCAACUUUGGUAGCAGUAGCGGCGGUGGAUAUGGAGGAGGAGGAGGAUAUGGAGGAGGCAGUGGGUUUGGUGGAGGACUAGGUGGUGGAUAUGGUGGAGGGUUAGGAGGGGGCUAUGGUGGAGGGCUAGGAGGGGGCUACGGGGGAGGGUUAGGAGCUGGCUUUGGAGGUGGCUUUGGGUCUGGAGGAGGAGGAGGAGGAGGGGGAGAAAGCAGCCUUCUAUCAGGUACUGAAAAGGAAACCAUGCAGAACCUGAACGACCGCCUGGCUGCCUACCUGGACAGGGUGCGUUCGCUGGAAGAAGCCAAUACUGAACUGGAACGCAAGAUCCGCGAAUGGUACGAGAAAAAUGGCCCUGGGGCUGGUGGCCCAGGGACCGGUAGAGAUUACAGUAGAUACUACCCUAUCAUUGAAGAUCUCAGGAACAAGAUCAUCAACGCAACGAUCGAAAAUGCCCGGGUUGUUCUUCAAAUUGACAAUGCAAGGCUGGCAGCUGAUGAUUUCAGGCUGAAAUUCGAGAAUGAAGUGGCACUUCGCCAGAGUGUCGAGGCCGACAUUAAUGGCCUUCGCAGAGUCCUGGAUGAACUGACUUUGACCAGGGCUGACUUGGAGAUGCAGAUAGAGACUCUGAACGAGGAGCUGGCAUACCUCAAGAAGAACCAUGAGGAGGAGCUCCAAGGACUCCAGGGCAGUGUUGGGGGUCAAGUCAGUGUGGAGAUGGAUGCUGCUCCAGGGAUUGACUUGACCAAACUCCUGAAUGACAUGAGAGCCCAGUAUGAGGCAGUUGCUGAACAGCACCGCAAAGAAGCUGAAGCCUGGUUCAACGAAAAGAGCGGAGAGCUGAAGAGAGAGAUCUCUACAAACACCGAGCAGCUCCAGUCGGGGAAGAGCGAAAUCACGGACCUGAGGCGUACGUUGCAAAGCCUGGAGAUUGAGCUGCAGUCGCAACUCGCUAUGAAAAAAUCUCUUGAAGACACUCUAGGAGAAACCGAAGCAGGCUACUGCGCCCAGCUGGCCCAAAUGCAGCUUCAAAUUGGAAACCUGGAAUCCCAGCUUUUCCAGGUCCGAGCAGACAUGGAGCGGCAAAAUGUGGAAUAUCAGCAUCUCCUGGAUAUCAAGGCCCGUCUCGAGAUGGAGAUUGAGACUUACCGCCGACUGCUAGAUGGCGAAGUUGGGUCAUUUGAAAGUGCUUCCGUGGCAAGUGUCAAGUCGGUGGAUUCUUCUCGCGAUCCAAACAAAACCAGGAAGAUCAAGACCAUCGUCGAAGAGGUCGUGGAUGGCAAAGUGGUUUCAUCCCAAGUUAAGGAAGUUGAAGAGAAGAUAUAAGAGAAAAGCUUCAACGAUUUGUUCUGCAAAUGUGCGCAAUUACUAGGUUUACUUUUUCUCCAGUUGCCGCUUUCCUCUCUUAAGCACGAAAUGUUACAGAAGCAAAGAUGCAUUUGAAAUUUCUCUCUAGCCGAGUGAUUCAAUAAAAGCUCUGCUUCAGCUUG